UUAAAAGUCAAAUAGAAAGGCACCGUGACUGCGUCACCUUCGCCACACAACCUUUCUGAGAUUCAAUCAGUCUCGUCUUCUACUUUUGCAAUAAAAAAUGCCAAUAGAUGCAGAAAAGAAACAUCAACUAGAAGACAUUUUGUCAGACAAUGUCUCCAUCAUGGACACAGAAGAUGCUGAACAAGACUCUGGUAGCUUUAUCAUAGAAGAAGAGGCAAAAGAAGGGUUUUGUGUGGAAUGUAAAGACCAAGAGGCAGUUGUUCUUUGUACAAGCUGUAAUGAAGCCUUUUGUGAAGUCUGUUAUGGUAUGAUUCAUAGAACAGGAAAGAGAGCUACGCAUAAAGCAAGAAAAUACGCUACAAAAAUGGAAACAAAAGAGGAAGAAAGCAAAGAGGAAAGAGAAAAAUACACCGAAGAAAAUGUUGACGUGAAGCCUCAGUCGUUGUCAACGGAUAUCAAUAUUGGAGAAAUAAUGGAGAAUAGAGCAAAGUACAUACCAUUACGUUUACAAAUGGAGGAGAGAAAGUAUCUGCGUCUGUUAGAGGCAGCUCUGAACGUAACAGAGUACACAGACAAGAUUGAUGAUGCUUCAAACAUGGGAAAAGCGAAAAGAAUAGUGAAUCAAAUCAAAGAAUUAUGCGCCAUUUUGACAGGCAUCGUUCUUGCUUGUGAUUAUAAGCGUGGUCAAGAGUUAUUUGCGGAUAGAAGCUUUGAAGAGAAUGAAGAAUUCUUUCAAACCAUAUUUGAGAUUGGCCGUCGUCACAAGAUCAUGAACCCUGAAAAGAUGAGAUCUGCCUAUGGCAAACUCAUGUAUCUAUUGUCUGACUCGAUGAUCCCUGAAGUAAGAGAAAUGCUAGGCUUUGAUUGCGUUGUGCCAAUUAAAACCGUUUAUAACUUCUUGAAAGAAAGACAUGGGUUGAAGGUGCUGCAUGAGGAUAUCGUACUUUUGGCUACAAGAGAAAUUAUUCCUGAGGGUAAAACACGACCACAAAUUCAAGCAGAGAUCAGACGUAAAGAAAAGAGUAUCGAAAUCCUAAGUAGAAAGUAUCAAUCAAAAUACCUCUCUGCCGAUGAAAUCAGACACUGUUUGUACAGUAUUGGCGAUAAUAACGCCUAUUUAAGAGCUAAUCGUGAUCCUUGUGAAAAAAUGAUUCAAUAUCUCGAAAAGCUUUUUGAUCCCAAAAAUGAUAGUAGCAACGAGUUUUCAUUAUCCAUUGCUUCAGGAAACCAAGGCCAUCGUCUGAGUCAUGAUCACGAAACACAGUACAUCUAUGUGAAUCAAACAUUGAAACUUUGGCGCGAAAUUCUCAAUGACAUGUUCAAGCUUUGGACUCUGGCGGAUCAAGAUAUACUGUCACCCUCCAACCCUUACCGUCUCUCUCAGACAGGUCAAGGUCUUCACAGGGUUCAGGCAUGUCCUGCUAUCUCAAGAGAAAUGCAUCGUAUCCUUUUCAAGGCGCAAAAAAAGGCUGGUAUUUGGAUUGGCAGUAGCGUUAUUCACUUGGGCGAUAAAAAUGUGCCAAAUGCGCUCAUGUUUAUUGAC